AAAAAAAAUUUUUUACCUUCUGAAAGCGAAUUUUUUGAGAUUUGCCUUCAUUUCUCCUUCACUUGCUAAUGAAAUAUCCAGUUAGGUCAAAGCAUCGAGUAGUACAUAUCCGACUGAGCUGUCAGUUGUCGAAUCUAGGCCUAACCAGAUUCUGUGUUGCUUAGUAUAUACCUCAUCGGGCCAGCCAUAUCUUUAAAAAAGGGGUUGGAAGAGGCCUUCAAACUCAAAUCGACAAGAACAGGGCGGAGCCAAGUGGACCGAUGACGUUAGCCCUUGAAAUCGAUUGAGGCUCCUAUAUUUAAGCGGCAAAAACCACCAGGUUAUACUUACCAAGAAAACGUCGCCAAAGGAGAUCUACUGCAAUUGCCUCCGUUCGACAUGACUCGCCUCGCUCCCGUGAGGGAAGCGCAGAUUACUCUUUUCUUCUUCUUCUUCUUCUCGUUCUUCCUUGAUGCCGGACGAACACAUCCGUCAGGUGUUUCAGCUUCCCUUGUCGAAAGCCCUGUGACUACCACGUCUUUCGAGGAGGACUGGUAUGAACUGAAUUCUACCGAAGGCUGUGAUCGAGGAUGCGCCGAAGAAGUCGCAGACGCCCGGGGAGCGAAUCGUCGUCGACAGAGUCGACACAACGAUCUCGCUUCGACACGAGGAACCAAAGGCAGUCGGAGCAAGCCCCAAAAUCAACAUAUACUUGAGCGACGACGACGAUCAAAUGGAAUGAUGGUUCCCGCGAACAUUUCAGUCCCUAAUAAUGGCCUCUUGGCUAGAAACGGACCAGUGGCUGCGGUCGUCAAUGUUUAUCUACGUCAGUGCACCCUUGCCAUUUUCUACGAGGAAGGACUUGACUUGUAUGCACUUCAGCUGAGGAAAUCAAUUGCUCAUCUACCCGUCAAGAUCUACCUCAUUACCCCAGAAACACUGCUGAGAGAAGACAGCUGGAAGAUGAAUCAGUGUGAUGGAUACAUUGUUCUUCUCUCCAAGGGUGCAACCUUUAUCCAGCAUGCUGCAACUGACCACUACUUCAACACCCCCUACGAUGGACCUGACGACCACCCCCCACACUACUGGAAUUACCGAGCCAAAUUUGUUAUUGUCCUCGUGUCUGAUAAUAAUGUCCCACUCCCAGUUGACAUAGCCAGCUUGUAUAACUUUAAGAAAACAGAAAACCUACUCAUAUUGCAAAAAAGCGGAGCUCAUGUGCUCGUUUGGACAAACAUCCUUUAUUCAGAACAUUCUGUCAUCACUCUGGCUGAUACCUGGAGGGGCGGUGCUUUCAUUAGAGGCACAGAACUCUUCCCGAACAAACUGAAGAACUUAAAAGGAGCGAUCAUCAAAGUGGGUACGUUCGAGCAUGCCCCAAGUGUCACCUACCAACGCGACGCUGACGGACAAAUCCUUAAGCGAAUGGGGGUGGACAUGGGGGUAGUGCUUGCGCUUGCUCAGGCGAAAACCUUUCGAAUCGAAUUCGUCGAGGUCAGCUCUUCGGAGAAGUGGGGCACAAAGUACAGGAAUGGCACUUGGGACGGCCUCAUGAACAAAGUUCUCUACGAACACGUCGACAUUGGGAUCUGCAACGUCUUCACUGACCAUUUCCGCUGGAUGGAAGUUGAUUUCUCUUACCCUUACAAUUUUAUGCCUGCUUGCUUUGUGGCUCCAUCCCCCAAACCUGUCAUUAAUUGGCAGUCUCCGUUGCUCCCUUUUGCUUGGGACACCUGGAUAUCCAUAGGAAUAUCUCUUCUCGUGUGUGGAGCAUUAGUCUAUUUGGUGGCCUCCUUCAGCCACAGCCCAGAAGCGAGAGAUUUCCAGAGCCUGUCAUAUAAUUACCUUUACAUUGUUGGUGCAUUCACUGUGCACCCUCUAACACUGGGCCCUCGUUUCCCGCCUUCCCGCUUGCUUCUUGGGUUCAUUUGGUUAUUCAGUCUCAUUAUAUCCACAGGAUAUUCAGCCAACCUGGUGGCUUUUCUCUCCGUCGUAAGAAUGUCCCAGCCCAUAGAUACCAUCGAACAGCUGGUGUCCAGCGGCUUGCGAAUUGGAGGGCACUCGUUCUGGAAAACGCAGUUUUCAGCUGCACCAGAGCAAGCUGUUCUUGAUCUGGUGGACAAGCUGGAGUCAGAUGUGGAUUUUUUCACCGUUUUCAACGAUGUCGAGAAAGGUAAGUUUGGUUUUGUGGAGAAUCAAGAGUUUCUCCAACUGCAGCAGGGUUCCCGAUUUACGUAUGGAGGGAUAGCAACGAUACGUCUAGGACGGCAGUGUCUUAUCAACUUCAACAUAGCCAUGAUCCUCCCUAGAAAGUCUCCUUUAACCAACAGCUUCAACACUGACCUGCUACGUAUCUACGAAUCCGGAAUUAUGAAGAAAUGGCAGGAGGAGGUAGUUGUGUUCUUUCGCCAACAGUAUCUAAGUAAAUUACUAAGAGCUCCAUCAGACUCUAGAAGCAAACCCAUCGGUCUGGGGCAACUCCAAGGAAUUUUCUAUUUCGUGGGAAUCUCUUCUGUGCUUGGAUUUUUUAUCCUGAUUGCCGAGAACAUUAUGAAAACAACGCCGUCUGGUCCAUCUCCAUGAUUCCUAGAAAAAUCACUCUAGGAAUUUAGAUUGAUUUUGGUUUUGAAUACUGAAAUAAAAAUCAAUGUGUUGAGAAAGUGUUAAUGUCGCAAUAAAAAGCUAUGAACUCA